AUGGUGGACGUGAAGUGUCUGAGUAACGAUGAAUUACAGAAUGAACUUGAUAAGCUUGGAUUUUCACCUGGCCCGAUACUAUCUUCCACCAGAAAGCUGUAUGAAAACAAGUUAAUACAGUUGUUGGUCUCGCCUCCCUGUGCGUCACCUGUGAAGAAUGGACCUGGAAAGCAGGACGGAGCUCAGGGCUAUGAAGACAGUAAAGAGCUUAAUGCCACUAUCAUUUUGAAAGGAAAUAUCAUGCUCUCAUCAGAAAAAAACAAGGGAUCCAAAAAAAGACCCAAGGCUUCCAGCACUAAACCAAAAGCCCAAGAUACCUGCUGGCUGGGUCAUAAGUGUUCUGAGAAAAUCAGGUGGGUCUCCCGAGCAACAGACACCAGACCCAAAGGACUGAGUGACACUGAAGAGAAAGACUGCUUCGCAAUAAACUGGAGCGCUGGGGGCAGGGUCCUAGAGAGGUUUCCAGUGGGCGUGUGGCUUGCUGUGUUCGUCAUCUUCAUCAUUGUGGUAUUUGUCUACAUAACUGUGGAAAAGAAGCCACUCUUGGGUUAA